AUGCCAGCAUUGGUAACUGUCACCCCACCCACCCCCACCCGGGUGCUUGAUUUGAUGCCUAUUCUGCUGAGGAGUGAUAUGGUGGUCGCCUGUUUGAAGGAACUGGAACCGGAAUGCCCGAGUCAAACGGAGUAUCGUGAUUUGGCCCUAUUGCUCACACUACCCCGACUAGAUCAACAUCCGGCCUAUCGAGACUGGAAUCCCAGUUUGGGUCGAUUGCAAUGUUUCAACAAGAUAGAGUGCAUCUAUCACUACGGUCGUGUCCUUACUCCCAAUAUUUUGAGCAUCGUAAAGCACAUGUUAUGCUUCUCACAAACUUUCCAAUUCCCUGUAUCUCUGUUUCCAUGCUUGUCAAAUCUCGCGCAGAUCUAUCCGCUGUUGGAACCGUUUGUACGAUUAAGUAAACCGGAGACCAGUAACGAUGAUGUGGCUCGUGGUGAUCGCUUGGUGCGACUCUUGGUCAAGGGUCUCUUGUACGAGGCCUGUGUGGACUAUUGUGCCCUGAUGGCCACGGAACAAAAGGCCGAGAUGCAAAUCACCGGAAUCCUUGGAGGUGAUUUGGAAGAGGAGGAGGAAGCCGAACGCCGCUACAGUUCGUUGCAAACUGCUAACGUGCCUACCUUGAAUGGAGAUAGUGUGCAACCUGUGACGCAGAAUUCACGCAAUCGACAACCUGUCGCUCCGGAUCUGUCUCUGAACUGUUGGCUACAGUCCCUCGGACCAGCAAGUUUUAUUCAACCGUUCCAUUCACAAGAACUACAAUUAGUCGUGCAUCCGAUCAAUCGACCCAAAUUGGAACCAACGCUCUGGCCUGAGCAUAUUCUAGCCGAACCCACUGUUCGACCACUGGUCUUUCCCUACACUCAUUUGCCAGCUUCAUCGUCUGGCUUGCUCAGUUCCAGUAUUCAGCGUUCCGGGAUUGCUGCACGUCUAAUGCGCGGACGUCUUCAAGGUCCGGGCGGGGAACUGGUUCGCUCGCUAAUCCCCGCCUAUGAAGGAUUGUCUAGUGGACUUUUCCGUGGUGAGGCUACGGGAGCCUCGGUCGACACGAUCACGAACGGUGGACCGUUGCCACCGACCAACAGUACUGGUCUAGUCCCGCGUAUCAGUGGAAUGCCACAUUUCUCUCGCCGCCUGAUUCCUGGUGGACUGAUGACCCACUCCCUGUCCGGUUUCCGCCUACCACCGAAUCCGAAUCGACCGGAUUUCGUUGCUCCAUCACGAGCCAACCAAGCUGCGUCGUCAGUUGUAGAUGGUACAGCGCAACCGAACACUCACUCCCUCACUAAUUCCCACCAAACUCAACAACAACAACAACCUAAUGCACUCAUGCAAGCCUCCGUUGAUCGGUUGUUUGCAAUGCACGGUCAAAUGACUUCGAGCAUCUCCGGUCCCGGGGAUUUGUCCAACGCGGACGUUGCUCCAAUCUUGCGCGGCUCCAUGCUCCUUUCCAGACCGGGUACUGGACAGAUGCAAGCGAUCGCGGAGGAGCCGUCGGCAAUGGUUGUCCCCGGUGCCGGUCUGACUGGCUCGGAAGAGAUGCAGUUGGGCCAAGGCACGGCCGGGAUGUCGGCCUCGGGGACCGGAAAAACCGGACGUGGUUCUGUCACUAUGACCAUGUCUGGAAGUCAAUCGGAGAAAGAUCAGCCCACCUCAAUGCACAGCUCAAUCAUUGUGGAUUCCGAACCGGGACCUCAUGAAUUGGGUUCUCGAGCGGGAGAUCUUCUCCAUGAAUUUCAAAAACGGCGAUUAGACAAAGACAGCACGGUGCUAACACCAGGCACAGAACAGAACCUCCCGUCUACACCCACGCCUGGCCAAAUUGCCCCUGCUCCAGCCAGUCCCGCAACACCUCGUCCGGCCACAGAUACUGUAAUCCAAACACCGGCCGGUUACAAACCCAUUCCCGCUACCGCUGCCACCACUACACCACCCGACGUUUCGCACUCAUCGGUUCCGGAAACUCGGAUCGCGAGCUCCCGAUCCCCACCGUCGCCACGGUACAUCCCAGUGACUGUGUUAGAGGACAGUCAGGCAAUCCGUUGUGUUGCGUUUCAUCCCAGCGGUCAGUAUUAUGCGGUCGGUUCGAACAGUAAAUUUCUUCGGGUCUGUCAAUUCCCAGAUAUCCACGAUAUACGGACGGAUCAUGUUGCCACUGCUCCGUUCAUCCUGAUGCGACGCGGUAAAUAUCAUCGUGGCAGUAUUUAUUGUGUGGCCUGGAGUCCGGAUGGUGGUCUAAUUGCGACCGGAAGCAACGAUACCACAGUACGACUUCUGCCCAUGGAACCACAAACCGGGCUACCCGCGGCUGCGAAUGGAGAUCCCAAUUUGGCCAACAGUGCCGGUCAGUGCAUCGAACUCCGUCAUCAUGAUGGCACGGUUCGAGAUUUGACCUUUUUGGUAAUGGUCCACCAACCCGGUUAUAGCCCCGGAUGUCGGCUUUUCGUCCUCUCACUUUGGUGCAAAAGCACCUCCGCCAUGGGAAGGCAUUCAACAUUGGUUAUCAUAAUUUCUAAUGCAACCUUUAUCAUCCUGUUCUAUUCAUUUUUAUUUCAGCUGCCCGGCUAUCAGUCGGAUAGUGGUGCGCGAAGUUCCACCGCAGAAUGUCGACAUCUGUUGACUGCAGGUGCCGGAGAUGCUAGAAUUUGUCUGGUCGAUUGUUCCCGAGCCGAAGCACACGACCCAAGCUUAGGUGGCAGUAGACCUGUUCAAACGGGUCACGUGAUUCGGUCCAUGUCAGGUCAUACGGGCCCGGUGUACGCGUUAGCCGUAUGGAGUCCCGGUUCCUUGUUCGUGUCGGGCAGUGCAGAUGCGACUGCUCGUCUGUGGGAUCUGCGUGCUCCCGCACCUGUACUAAUUGUACCAUCCUAUUCGGGUAAUCAGGGUAGCGCAUUCGCCUCGGUCAGUGUGGAGCCCGGAUGCAAUCUGUUGGCUAGCGGACAUGAAGAUUCAAGCAUCUCGUUAUUUGAUCUGCGUGGUGCACGUUACAUCAACGCGUAUCGACCACACACAAGUGAGGUACGCAGUGUCCGCUUCUCACCGACUGCCUACUAUCUGCUGUCGGCCAGCUACGAUCGUCGUGUCAUGCUGUCCGACUUUCAUGGUAAAUCCAAACUGGGUGCCGAGAAAAUUACGUUACAGUUGACUUUAGAACGAAAAAAGUAA